AGUACUUGCCCUGAAGCUAUAAACCUACAGUUUCUGUAGUUGAUCUGAAGUAAUGAAUUUGUCGUUGCCGAGACUUCGAGAUUUGAUCUUCAUCAUAGCAGUCAAGGCACAUACAGCAGUCAAACAAAAUACGAAUGAAAUUUUUAAAUGUUGACCUAAUUUCACUAAUAGCUCAGGCCAUAUAACAAAGAUUUUUGUAGUUAUGUUUACAUUUAUAUUUCAUUUUACUUUCACAGAAAUCCAUCAACAUUUUUUUCUCAAUGAUAUGUACAAUAUUUUUUAGAGGCCGAAAAAAGCUUGUACUGCUAAACAUAAAAUGGCCCCUUUGUGAAGGGUGAUUUAAAAAAUAUGGAUUUUGAAAAUGAAAUGAAGGAAGAAGAGCCAAAGGAAAAAAAGUACCAUAGGAAUUGUACAAUUUGUUUAAGUAAAGGGAACACUGCCGAUAAAAAAAUCCAAUCACAUGACGACAAUGAUUUUGUCAGAGAUACAGAAUCAGGUGUUAAUCGCACCUCAGCACCGAAUUAUCUACAGAGUUCAGAUUCAGAAGUCACAUUUGAAGAGGAAAAUCAUCUUGAUAGCUCAGAUCAUUCUUCGUCGACCACUGUCUCUGCCAAGUCUGAAUUACAAUCAGUCGAACAAGAGGAAGAAAUAAUUGAGGAAGAGUUAAGUGAUGAUUCGGCUUGUUCAAAUUCCGAAAUUCCGCAGUAUGAAGAUAUCGGAUGUGACUCCAAUAGAGUUGCAUUUGGUCUUUGCCGGGCUGAAAUACCAGAAGGAUUUCAGAAACCAUUACUUGAUUCAUCUGAAGUGUCUUUGAAAUUGCUGGAAUUGGAAAAGAAGCAUUUUGAAACUGAAAGGGAAUAUAUGUUGAAGAAACUUGAAAAUAAAAGAGAGUUACUAGAGUUGAAGAAAAGAAAACUGAUGAUACGAAUGGAAAUGCAUCAGUUGAAGAAAUUCAAGUAUGUUAUGUAUCAGUUGAACAUAUAAUCUUUAUCUCGGACAGGCUCAAUGUUAGGAAGAUUAAAAAAUGGAUACAAUGAAAUGUAAAUCUGAGUCAUUUGUGAAAGAUGAUUCGUUUUGCAACGACGCUGAAGCUAAUAUCAAGAUUGACUUCAAAGAAGAAUCAAUUGAUCCGGAUAAAUAUGAAAUGUCUGAAAAUAGUUCCUAUGGAACUGACUGUGAACAGCAGAAAUUUGUUCCACAAGACCUUCAGCAGAUUGAUAAUAAUGAUACAGAUGUUGAACCUAAAGUGGAGGCUGCUGAAAAAGAACAAGAUUUUUCUGUAUUAGAUUUCAUCAAGCCAGAAAUUGGAUUUAAAGAUGAAGAUGUGUUAGAUAGGCCCGAUUAUUUUUCUGCAGAAGUAGAUCUUUCUGAGUGUGAGAUACAACGAGUCGAUACGAUAAAUGAAGUACAGCUAUCGGAAAAUGAAAGCAACUCAAACUUGCAUUUACUAGAGGACAAUAAAAACGACGUUGAAUCUGAGAAAGAUUCCAUUAAUGUUGAAAAAACACAGACUGUACAAAAACGUCACCAGUGCCAAGUGUGUUUGAAAUUCUUUUCCAGCAAUAAUAAGUUGAAAAUACAUUUCAGGCUACAUACGGGAGAAAAAAUGUAUCACUGUAACUUAUGCCCCAAAUCUUUCAUGCAGAGCAGCAAUUUAGUGAGGCACUUGAAGAUUCAUACAAGAGAAAAUCCGUUUGUGUGCAAAUUCUGUUCGAAAACUUACCUCUCUGAAUCUUGUUUCAAACAACACGAGAGCUCUCACAUACAAGGAAAACCGUAUCAGUGCAAAGUCUGUUCAAAAUCUUUCUCUCAGAAGUGCACCCUGUUAUAUCAUGAGAAAAUUCACAAUGGGAUCAAACCAUACAAGUGCAAAUACUGUUUGAAAUGUUUCACUGAAAAUCGCAGUUUAACGUCUCACUUGAAGUUUCACACAGGGGAAGAUCUGCUUUACUGCAAAAUUUGCCCAAAAUCUUUUACUUGCAGAUCUGGUCUCGUGAAACACGAAAAAAGACACACUGGAGAAAAACCAUUUCAAUGCGAAGUGUGUUCGAAACGCUUUCUCUUUCGUCAAGCCUUAAAGGUGCAUUUGAGAAGUCACACUAGAGAAAAACCUUUUCAAUGUGAAGUAUGUGAAAAAUUUUUCAGUAGUAGCUACACUUUAUUAGUACAUUCUCGAAUUCACACUGGAAAAAAGCCUUAUCAGUGUAAAGUCUGUUCGAAAAAUUUCAACAGCAGUUCUGACUUGAUGGUACACUCGAGGAUUCAUACAGGCGAAAAGCCCUACCAGUGUAAAGAUUGUCCAAAACAGUUUACUUCUGGAUCAGGUCUCGCAUCCCACGAGAAAGUUCAUGUAAAAAAAGAAAUAUUUACUUGUAACACUUGUCAAAAGUCUUUCAGUCGAAAGUCAACUUUGGAGAAGCAUAUAAGUAAUAACUUAAGCUCGAUGGAUACCAAUACCUCUGAAAAACACAAGGAGGUAAAAUGUGAGGAACAAAUUGAAAGUGAAGAAAAUCUUUAUAUUCAUUAUGAAGAUAUCAAGAAAGAAAUUAAAGAGGAAAGAAUAAUUGAAAGUACAACAGAUGGUUCCAAAGUUGAGCUUAGUCACCAUGAACGAAUCAAAAGUGAGGAGAUCGAUAUUCUUUAUGAAAAUACUGGAGAAAAAAAACUAAGAGAAUUUGGACAUAAUUUUAUUAUCGAUAGUCCAGUAGACAAAUCAGAACAACUCGAAUAUGAUUCUGUAGGAAGCAGUUACAUGUAUGAAGACGGAAACUCUUCUUUCUCAGGCACUACCACAGAUACUAAGUCAUUGAUGUUCCUCAAGGAACAAGACGAAAAAAUCCUCAAGGAAGAAAAUAUAUAUCACGCCCUUUCUAGAGAAGGAAUUCCAGUUGAAAAUCGUAGAAGAAUUAAUACUGGGGAGAAACCAUUUAAUUGCAAACUAUGCAAAAAAUCGUUUAAAAGAAGUAGUAGAUUGAAAGAUCAUCAAAGGACUCAUACUGGAGAAAAGCCAUAUAAUUGUAAAUUUUGCAGAAAGUCUUUUUCUCAGAAUGCAAACUUGUUAGUUCAUCAAAGAACUCAUACCGGAGAAAAACCAUUCAGUUGCAAUAUUUGUAAAAAACCUUUUUCUCAACAUAACAGCAUGAUAAUUCAUCAAAGAAUUCAUACUGGAGAAAAACCAUAUAAUUGUACAUUUUGCGAAAAGUCUUUUUAUAAAAGUAGUAUAUUGAUACUACAUCAAAGAACUCAUACUAAAGAAAAACCAUUCAAAUGUGAAUUCUGCAAAAAGUCGUUCACUCGCAGAGAUGGGUUGGAAAAUCAUCAAAGAACUCAUACUGGCGAGAAACCAUACAAUUGCGAAUUUUGCAAAAAAUCUUUCAAACAGAAAAGUAACUUGAUAAUUCAUCGAAGAACUCAUACUGGAGAGAAACCAUUUGAUUGUAAAUUUUGCAAAAUAACUUUUGCCCAAAAAAUUACAUUGAUGAAUCAUCAAAGGACUCAUACUGGAGAAAAUCCAUUCAAUUGUAAAUUUUGCAAAAAGUCCUUCAAACAGAGAGGUCAUUUGGAGAAUCAUGAGAGAACUCAUACAGGAGAAAAACCAUUUAAUUGUAAAUUUUGCACAAAAUCAUUCACCCAGAAAGGGAACUUACAGAAACAUGAAAGAACUCACGUUGGGAAAAAUGAAACUUUCACUCAGAGUUCUCCACUGAAAACUGAGAAAAUUGACAUUUGAAAUUAUAGGUGUAAACUACGUUACUUUGUAACUACGUGUAAUUUUAACUGCUCACCAGUUAUUGUCCAAUUGUAAUAUGUUUAUUCGCAACACAAUAUAAAUACUUAAAUAUAGAUU